UGUCUCUGUGCUGUUGAUGGCAAUAACCAGAGCUGCAGACGUGAACGAGGAGCUCGCUGCUUUCAGCUCGAGUUUGUUUCAGUGUAGCUUUAUUAAGUUAGCCCAGUUUUUCUUUGCUGCUCGUUUUUCUUACCGACGAAAACAGUUUUUGCUCAACGGACUCGUUUUUUGAGGUGUUUUUCCUUUUGUUGCUGAGGAGUAUUUUGGACCCGCUCAUUGCUGGAGUGUAGCGAGUUUCACCAGUUAAACGAUGAGCGCCACUGAGGGCCUCUUUUUCUCCGCCUUACAGCCCCCCACGUCGGUCACCACUUACGCAGUGCCGUCCGACCAGCAGCUCGGCGCGGAUCAGCUGACCAGAGCCAGGCGGGUUCAGCAGCAGGUCCAGCAGCGGUUGGCCGAAAAGGCUGCGUCCAUACCGCGCCUAGCUGGAGCUCAGUCCCCCAGCACAGAAUAUGAUGGCUCGCCCACGAUGAGAUACCAGAGCCCAGGCACUGGAUUCACCUCCAAGUCGCUCAUGUACAAUGGCAGCAGAGUAAUAAAUCCACGGCUGUCACAGUAUGCUGGAGGAUUCAGCUCCCGCUCAGCUGUGGAGGUGGGCACACAGCGCAGCAGGAUCAGCCACGGUGUCCCCAUGCCUGCUGUUGUGGGCCGCCCAUAUGCAUUCUACGAUGACACAUAUGUUGGUGGCCAUUACGCAGGCCAGACGCACACUGGUGAGUCCAGGGAGAUCAUCAGGGCGGAGCAAGAAGCAGCAUUACUAGGCCUUCAAUCACUGCCACGACAGCCCUCUCCUAUGGCCAACUGGAUGACUCAGGAGGGUAUGGCCUCCACAGAGCAUCAGUCUUACUAUGGCCACAGCACUUUGCCCAGUGCGUCUCCAAUGAUACGCACUCUUAGCGGUACGCUAGCACGGGAGGGGAUCAACAGGGGGAGGGAGGCGGAGCUUGCUCAGCAGUAUUCCUUUAAAGGCCCCGCCCAUCGUACCAUCACCCGUAUGAACAACCGGCAGCUGCAGAACCAGAGGCUGAACAACAGCUCCAUGCAGUGGCAGCAAGUGCCCUCUGGCGGCAGCAGUGCGAUGGCCGGAGGGCACUACCAGAGCACCAUGAGGCGAGCCGGAUCUGUGCAUAGCCUAAAGAGUGUGGGUCGAGGGGUGGACGUGUGCGACGCAGGAGCUGAUGGAACGGGCAGUGACAUUCAUGGAGGAAUCCAUAGCCUGGACAUGCCAACUGCAGUGAGCUAUCUCAGCUCCUCAGAUGUUUCCAUGCAAAUGUUGGGAGCAGCCUACAUCCAGCAUCAGUGUUACCAUAGCGUCGAGGCCAAAGACCUGGUACGUACACUGAAGGGUAUCCCUGCGCUGGUGCAGCUGUUCAGCAGUGAAAACCAGGAAGUGCAGCGUUAUGCAACGGGAGCCACACGCAACCUCAUCUACGAGAACAUGGAAAACAAGACAGCACUUAUCGAAGCAGGCGGCAUCACCAAACUGGUCAGCGCAUUGAAAGAGCCAGACGAUGAACUCCGCAAGAACGUUACAGGCAUUCUGUGGAACUUGUCAUCUAAGGACAGUUUGAAGGAGCGGUUGGCGAGAGAGAGUUUAGUGGAACUGACUGAGAGAGUGCUGAUUCCUUUGUCUGGAGGAGGAGAUUCUGGAGUUAUCCAGCAGAGCCCAUCAGAAGCGGAUAUAUUCUACAACACUACAGGCUGCCUCAGAAACUUGAGCUCAGUGAAUGGAAGGACCAGACAGCAGAUGAGGGAGAUUCGUGGGCUGGUGGACUCUCUGGUGGGGUACAUCCAGAACUCUCUGCAGGAAGGCAAACCUGAAGACAAGGGUGUAGAAAACUGUGUUUGUGUGUUGAGGAACCUGUCCUACCAGCUGUACACUGAGAUCCCCCCAUCAGUGCAGCUACGCUUGGAGGGCCCUACUCGAGCUCAGGCCACACGCCAUAGUGACGCCAUCGGUUGCUUCACUCUACAGGGGAAGAAGACAAAGGAUCAGAGGAACCAGGAGCUGUCUACAUUUACCGAGGUGGCGCGAGUGCCGAAGGGGGCAGAGUGGCUGUGGCAUCCUCACAUUGUGGGCCUGUACAAUCGCAUACUGCAAAACUGCGAUACAAACACCGCCACCCGCGAGGCUGCGGCCGGGGCUUUACAGAACAUAACAGCAGGGGAAGGCCGGUGGGCUUCCGUAUUGAGUCGUGUUGCACUAGAGCAGGAGCGGAUGCUGCCUGUGGUUUUGGACCAUUUGAGGACCCCCACCGACGCGGAGCUGCGCUCUCUCACCGGCCUGUUGAGGAACCUAUCCCGCCACACCAAGAACAAGGCUGAUAUGGCUACCAAAGUGGUGAAUAUCCUAGUGACCAGGCUGCCUAGUGACGGGCUUCAAAAAGAGCCCUCUACUGACAUAGUGGUCAACAUCUGUGGUGUUCUCAACAACCUGGUCAUCGCGAGCUCGCUGGCUGCAAGAGACAUCACCUUCUUUGAUGGAUUGCCAAAGCUGGUUGGAAUCAAGACAUCACAUGACAAUAGUCCAGCGAAGCUGAAAGCGGCUAAGGCGGCGUCUACGGUGCUGGGCAACAUGUUUCAGUACAGCAAGCUCCACAAAGACUACAAGCAGAAAGGGUUCACGAGGCGAGACUUCACCGACACAGCUAUUUGAGACAUCUCAUCUCAUUAGAAGAACGAAAAGGAAAAGAAACUUAACAUGAACAACCCAGCAAUCCACUUGAGUUCAGUGAAAUGAGGAACAUCCCGACGACUCGGAAGGAAUGAAGGCUGAAGGGGGCUGACUUGAGUGCUUUUGGUUUCAGCCACUUUUCUAAAUUUGAUUGCUGUGGAUUUCUAGGAAGACGGCUUUUUUUUUCAUGGGAGUGCAACUGGAUGGAUAUUUUGGAUCAGCGCCAUCUCAAAUAGGGAAUUAUGUGCCUUAGCUCAAGUGAUAGGACAGCGCAAACUGUUAACGGUCAUAAAUGCUUUUACUGACUCAAGUUAAACACACCCAUCCAUCACUACAUUGCAGCAUGGCAAUGCCACAAAUAGAAGAUGUCAUGUUGCACAAGUUUAAAUCAAUAGACCUAAAUGAAGGUGUGUAUGAAUGCAUGUACAGUACUGUGCAAAAACCAUUCAUUUACUUAAAAUGAUGCCUACUAAAUAUAAGUUGUUCAUUUUUCAGGAGACAUUUCUGUAAGAUAUAAGAUAAUGCACUUGCAUAAAGAAGGGUAGAAGUCAAAGCAAAAUAAGUGUAAAAAGCAGGAGUUUGCUCCUGGAUGGAGUUAAAAGAUACAGAGAAAAUGGGACUCCUAACAACCAUGCAAGGCCUGGUAGACCACCAAAACCACCAUCAGAUAAACAGCACUUAAAGCUUUUAUUUUUGAGAGAAAAUCAAGCUCCACUCUCUCUUGGUUCGUACCUGAAAAAAAACAGGUGUUUCUGUUCAUCCUUCCACUGUAAGAAGACAACUCAAAACUAUGAGUCUGAAAGGAUGUGUAGCUGUCAGGAAGCUGUUACUGAGAAAAGGAAAUAGAUGAAAAAGAACAAAGAAGCUGCAGAUAUUCUCAUAACAGUGCACUGACCACCCCAGGUCUCAGCAUUGUAUUAUGACCAGUGCUGCAAUUGCGGUAAACAAUUGUUUUCUAUGAAACAAGUCUGACUUCUUGGCCAAGAAUACCAGCAUAUUCACUUGGUCACAUAAUUUUUGACCUUUUCUGGCGAGUGUGCCAGACUGCCAGUUAGUAUUGGUUUUACACGGGUGUUUAGUUGCUUCUGAUUAGUCCAAAUCAUCUACAGGCAGCUUACAAGCUCAGUGUUAUUAGGUUGAAUUUUCCCCACUUAAAACUUAAGACAACAUUGUUGAGAAUGUAACAUAUAAUAAAAAUUGCACUUGUCGUGAUUUGAAAAUUGAACUCUUUCAAAAUUCAGCUCAUCCUCCACAACAUUGAAUGUGUUUGGAGUUAGUUAAAUGAGCCGCAGUUAUCUUCUAUAACUGAACUUUAAAGGUGUGAAAAAAUACCCUUGCAGAUUUUUUCAUGAAAAGAAUAGAAGCUAUAAUAAAGGCAAAGGGUGGACACUGCAUAAUUUGGUAAUGUAGUUAGUUGUUGAGGCCUCUGUGUCGUUUUCUGUUAAAUAUGUUUUCUGAUUCUUUUCCUGACUCUGAAAAAUGAAUAACUUAAUGAUGGAUUUGACUGAAGGUGGUCUCUAAUUUUUUGCACAGUGCUGUUUAGUAUGGUUUAGUCUCCCAGAGAAGGAAGACAUGCAACAAAAUGUUAAAGCCCCUUACUGUGUCCCACCAUUUAUUCAACAAACUCGGGUUCCACCGUAUUUUGAAAAAUGGCUUUUAUAGAGUUGAAUAAUAUUUAAAAGAUCAUUGCUUUGAGGCACAUUUCUGCUAAAACGGAGUCUGGAAGUGAGGAUUUGUAUAAGAAACAUGUAAGAUAUGUAUUUUUAUAUUUGUUUCUUACACUGUCUCCAAGAAGUCGUGUGUUUUAUGUCUGGGAUUGAAUCCCAUUUGUGCAGAUGUACCGACUAUGAUUUUAUGCCCUGAAGCUAUGUUGAAGUUGGGGAGAAAUUGGAUGGUACGCUUGCAGUCUCUCUCUCCCCUUUGUGGAGUGACGUCCUGUAGGGCACUCACCUAGUCACGCGGUUAGGAUUUUCUUCCAGUCGUGUUGGGGAGCUUGGCAAUGUGUGACUAGCGUUUAAAAAAAGAUCUGGUGCCCUUUACCCUCCUAGUACAGUCCUGCACUGAGGGGAGAGACAUUGUGAAUCAACACAACUAAAUAGAAGACAAAAUGAAGCUUAUUUACUUUUAAUGCUUGAUCCAUGAGCUUUGCUUUUCAUGUAACAUCCUGCGGGCUUUUGUGGUUGUUACAUAUUAAUCAAAGACAUUUUGAGUGUAAAACACUUUUUUUUUGUUAUAAAAGACAUUUUUUUUUUUUCCCAGAUUACAAUAACUUCCGCUACUAUAGCAUAGCAUUAGCAUCUGUAGCAGAACAGAUUGACUGAUGUGAAGAAGUAUUUUCAGACUGGAGAGGUUCUGUGGCUUGAAUAACACACAGACUAAAAUCAAGCAAUAUUAUUCAUUGAAACAAAUAAAUGAAAAAGUAUUUUGCAUCACA